AGACCACCCCUAACCCACUUCCUCUGUAUCCCGCUCGUGACUCCCACCUCACGACCCCAACUCCAGGAAGCGCUAGAGCGAUUUAAAGGGGAUGUCUGCGCAACCGAAAACGUACCCGAGAAAGCCAUCAGGCCGCUCGGCACGCUACAUCUCACGCUCGGGGUCAUGAGCCUAGACGAGGACGGGCUGGAGCGAGCAACAGCCCUGCUUCAAAGCCUAAGUCUAGCGGACCUCCUAAACACAGCCAGCGCCGAAGAGACCGCCACGUUCCCAACCACCCAGCCAGAUUCCCUCGUCAUCUCCAUCCAAGGCCUCCAUUCCAUGCACCCGCCCGCUCGCACGUCUAUCCUCUACGCCGCCCCGGAAGACCCGACUGGGCGGCUCUACCCCGCCGCGACUAAGCUCCGCGACCUCUUCACGCAAGCGGGGUUUAUGGGCCCCGAGGACCGGCCGCUGAAACUGCACGCUACGAUUGUCAAUACUGUUUACGCGAAAUCUGGCAAGGGGGGACGAGGCGCAGGGCACGGGGCUAAUGCGAAGGCGUUGCUGAGGCUAGAUGCGCAGGAGAUGGUGGAGAGGUAUAGGGAUUUCGUGUGGGCUGAAGGGGUGAAGGUAGAGAGGAUCGCGAUUUGUAAGAUGGGUGCGAAGAAGGUGGUGGAUGCAGGGGGUGUAGUAGUGGGGGAGGAGUAUGAG